AUGGGCUCCACAUCCCCAAACUCCACUUCCAACCCCCUCGCAACCCCCUACACCUCCCCCACGGGAACCCUCAAUCUCUCCCACCGCAUUGUCCUAGCCCCCAUGACCCGCAUGCGCGCCAGCGACAAAACCGGAACAAUAAACCCCUCCGCAGCAACAUACUACGCCGAGCGCACCCUCCCAGGAAGCCUCCUCAUCUCCGAAGGAACAGUCAUCCACCCGCGCGGCAAGGGCUUCCCGUGUACACCGGGCCUCUGGACCGAAGAACAGGCACGCGCCUGGAAGCCCGUCACGGAUAGCGUGCAUGCGCGCGGCGGAGUCUUCUUCGUGCAGCUUUGGCAUGUCGGCCGGGUUUCUGUUCCGAAGAUGAUCGGCGGCGCGAGGCCGUUUAGUUCGACGAGCGCGCAUCUACCGGGGAGCCAUGUGCUUUUUGGGGGCGAGGGCGGGGUGGAGGAGUAUGUUGAUUCGCACGCGAUGACAGUGCAGGACAUCAACGAUGUGAUCGCGCAAUUCGCACACGCGGCCAGGCUGGCGGUUGAAAUCGCGGGCUUCGACGGCGUGGAAAUCCACGGCGCGAAUGGGUAUUUGCUCGAUUCGUUCGUGCACGAUAACAUCAACACGCGCGACGACAUGUACGGCGGCAGUCUAGAGAAUCGUCUACGAUUCCCGCUUCAGGUCGUCGACGCGGUUGUUGACGCUGUCGGAGCCCAUCGCACGGCGAUCCGUCUUGCGCCGUUCCAUGUUCUCCAGGAGACGAGGGAUAGUAACCGGCUCGCGACCUUUGGGGGGUUUUGUGCGGAGCUGGAGAGGAGGGGGCUUGGGUAUGUGCAUGUUGUUGAGCCGCGGUAUGAUCAGGGGAGUGGGGAGGGGGCGUUUUCAGGGGACAUCCACCGGGAGAAUGUACCUGUUGAUGGGAGUUCGUCCGCGUCAAUUUGGCCCUUCAGGCGGAUUCUGAAGAAUACAACGGUUAUUGGGGCUGGGGGAUAUGAUGCGGUUUCCGCCGCGAAGGCGAUUGAGGAGGGCCGCAUCGACCUCGCAGCCUUCGGACGAUAUUUCACCUCGAAUCCUGAUCUUCCCGAGCGGUUGUUCAAGGGUCUCCCGUUGACAAAGUAUCAUCGGCCGACGUUUUAUACUCCGGGCGACGAGGGGUAUCUGGGCUGGUCGCGGUGGGACGGGGCGUCUACGUGA